AUGGCCCCAGAAUUUGCCCCGGCAUGGAGAAAGUUCAUCGACGAAUUCGGCGAAUCCCCAGCGCUCUCCGGAUCCCUCGCUGAAAUUGAAUCCGGCUGGCUCAAGAUCCUCGAGAGACUCGUUGCGAAAUAUGAAAUUCCCCCGCCUGAUGAUUCGGUGCAGACGGAGGAUGUCACCCUGGAGAGUUUCUGGGUGAGGGUCUACACGCCUCCAGAAACCACCAAAAGAGACAGCAACACCAGCACCCCAAAUGCGAAAGCGAAGCCAGCACCCGUGGGCAUCUACUUGCACGGCGGCGGCUGGACAAUGGGCAGCGUCGACCAAGAAGACGGGUUCUGCCGACUUGUGAGCAAAUCGCACAACAUGACAAUCGUCAGCGUUUCUUAUCGACUCGCGCCAGAGCACAAGUACCCCGCGGCACUCGAUGACUGUGUCGAGGCAACAAUCUGGGCGUCGAAAUAUCUACACGCCUCAUCUAUUAUCCUCAUCGGGGCCUCCGCAGGCGGGAACCUCGCCUUCGGAACGGCGCUCAAACUCCUCGACCGCCACUCGGAUCUAGCCAAGAACCUCCUCAACGGCGUCGUCGCCCUCGUCCCCGUAACAGUCCACCCAGAUGCCGUCCCCGCGUCCAUCAAAGCAGCAGGUCUCUACACCAGCUACGAAGCAAACGCAACCGCAACCGUAAACACCGCAUCGGCCAUGGCAUCCUUCUUCGCCGCGUACGGUGCUCCCCGCGAUGACAAGUAUACAUCGUGCCUACUUCAUCCGCGGCUGCGCGAGCUGAAGAAGGUAUAUAUUGCCGAGUGUGGUGCGGAUACGUUGCGCGAUGAUGCGAGGCUCAUGAGGAGGAAACUGGAACGGGAGGGGGUUCCAACCGUGUAUGAUGCGUACCCGGGGUUUCCGCAUUAUUCGUGGACGUUUCCGUCGAAGCAUUUGGAGGAGCAUCGCAAUAUUUUCUUGGGGAGGGUCAUGGAUGGGGUUAGGUGGGUCGGUGGGUUUAAGGCUGCGCAGCUGUAG